CAGAAAUUCAUUGGUGUUAGUUCAGUCUGUUUUCUGUCAUCAUGGCCAUGUACCUGCUGCUCUUCUUCUUCAGUAGUUUGUUCUGCUUGACCAGAGGACAAGAUCAGAAGCCAGAUAUAAGUCUUCAGCAUCAUGACAGUGAGGUUCUCAUUGGCUGCGCACUUCCUCCUUCUGCAACUGGUUCAAAGUGUAACCUGUAUUUUGGAGAAGCCAAACAGCCACAUUCUACAAUCAACUCGUGGACAGUGUCAAAGGAUCAAGGACUGUGCCAUUUUUCUGUUUCCAUGAUGAAGUUUCAGGAAAAUCUCAGUAAAGUUCAGAGUAAAGUGGUCAGCUGUGAUUACGCUUUAGGAAAUGGAUCAAGCUCUCUCUCUCCUCGCAGUGAUGGAUUUGACUUGAGAGAUUUUAUGAGCAAGUAUCCAUACCAGCCCCAUGUGACCACAGCUUCAUUGAAUAAUAAAGGUUACUCUUCAGUCAUGUGUGAAAGACAAUUGUGGCUUAUGGUGCCAAUGUCUUGUGCCUGUGGUGUCGUGAUCGGGAUUGUGGUGGUGAUUUUUGGCUUUUUCUGCUCAAUCAAGAUAGAAGGCAAACAUCUCUGGAGAGGCUCUCAAGGCAGUAACCCAGGUCACAAGAACACACAGGGUGGGGGGCAGUUUCCUGUUGACAUAAACAACUCUGCACCAGUGUCAACCAUCUACAGUUCAACUGGUUCUGAGGCUGUAGACAAUAGGCCGAUUCACAAUGAAGAUGAGUACGAUGACGUGCGGCCCAGUCGAAUCUACAUGUCUUUGAUUAAAACAAGUGAUGUCUAUGCCACUAUCCAUAACCAGCAAACUGCAACCCCAAGGAACAUCAACCUUGUGUGAAAAAUGGUUGUAAUGUAUAUUUAUUUGUUCAGACUUUUUGUCAUGAGCAUUUUUGCAUUUGUACUUUUGUUUCUUUGUUUUUCUUUUUUUAUAAAGGAUUAAACAUGUCAUUCUCUCAUUGAAAACAUACCUGGUGUUCUAUUUUACAGUGCUGGGUCUUCUGUGUUGGCUGUUUUGUGGUUACAUCAUACGCAUUUGAAACUGUGGGUCACAGCUUAAAAAGAGACACAGGAAGUUGUCUCUAUGCACAGUAACUUGCCAUUGCCUUGUAUUUAGGGUUUAUUGUUUUCUCUGUUUUUUGCAUGUGAUAAGAUAUUGGGGAUGGAUUACUAACUUUUUAAUAUUGUAUUUUACUUGUAUGUUUAAUAUUUCCACUGCAAACUGUAAGUCUGUUGAUCACAUCUCUACAUCUCACUCAGUGAUUAAAACAUUUGCAUAAAUUCACAUCUGUAAUUUACCGAAACAUCAUAUUUUUACUGAUAUAAAUACAAUAUCAGCCGUAUCACUUGUUGGUUGUUGUGAACAAUAAUCACAUUAUAUUCAUUUCAUACUUACAGCUUGCUACAACCAAAGUGUAAAAUGUUCUGCUCAGUAACUUUGAAUGAUUCCUGCUGCUCUGUUUUAUGACACAAACUGCAGAAGCUCUGGAAGAUUCUCAGCUAAAGAUAACAUUUAUAAUUCGACAAUACAACAUCUUAGAUUAGAUUGGCUGGUGUGAUUCUAGUUCCCACAGAUGAAUGCUGUUGUUGUGUCCUUGGGCAAGACACUUAACCCACCUUGCCCACAGUGUCUGCAUACACUGGUGUGUGAAUGUGUGAGUGAAGGUGCAAAAGUGCUAUAGAAAAAUGACUCAGAAACCCUCUGCUAGUCGCUUAUAACACUGUGAGUCACAGUUUCAAGAAAUUGUCUCACAUAAUCAUGUACCAUUUACACCUUUUAGUCUCUACUGAUUUCUCUGGAUUUUGCAUGUUAUAAGAUAUUGGGGAUGGAUUUAUUUGCACUUUACAAAUUUUUAAUAUUGUAUUUUACUUGUAGGUUUAAUAUUUCCUCCGUAAACUGUAAGUCUGUUGAUCACAUCUCUACAUCUUUUUCAGUGAUUUAAAUAUUUGCAUAAGGUGACAUCUGUAA